CUAAUGUAUAUCAAGGAGGUAAACCUUUGUGGAUUCCGGACGUACCGGGAUCAGUGCUCAUUUCAAUUCAGCAAGGGCUACAAUGUAAUUGUUGGCCAAAAUGGCUCCGGCAAGAGCAACGUGCUGCUGGCUGUGAGCUUUGCCUUGGCGGAGAACCUGGAGCAAACGAAUCGGGAGUACUACCUCUACCGGGGUAUUGAGUCAUCCGAAGACGAGGAGUACACUGCGAAUGUGGAGGUUAUUUUUGACAUUUCCAGUGACUCCCGUGCGAGAUCCGUGGUUGACGACGAUGGUGAAUUGCGCUUGAAGCGUAUAUUCUCCCGUUCAAAGGAUUUGUACCUGGUUAACGGCCGCCAGAUGUCACGGAAGGACUACCGCCAGCUGCUAGAGAGUGUGAAUCUGAUCCCCUUUAGCAAGCAGAGUGCCUCCUAUCGCAAUGACCUGCAUUUCAUAGUGAAGCAGGGUGCAGUGGGCAAGUUGUGUAACCUGACCUCGGAGGAGCGUCUUUUGGCAUUUCGGGAUGUUAUUGGCCAUCGAUCUUUCGACUCUAAGAUCGAUGAGUCCCUGAAGCUGCUUCAGGACUACGAUGUGACUUCCAGCUCUGUAGACACCCAGUUAUCGCAGAUCGAGCGCAAGUUAGAGUCCCUAGCGAUACAACGGGAGGCAACCGAGGAGUGGUCGGUUUUGGACGCCGAGCGUCGCGUUUUAAAUGCGCGGCUGCUUCUUCAUAAAGUAGCUCAGCUGCGCGAAGAUCUACAAGCUAAAAUAUCAUUGGAAUUCAGCCAUACAGAGGCCAUUGGCACAUUGCAAACACGGAUUGAUUUACUGGGCAUGGACAUUAAAGAGGCGCGUAAUGCGCUGUCCAUUGUCGAGUCCAUGGACACCUCGAGGGUCACUGAAUCUGAGAUAUCCGGUUUAAGUGCUACUAUCGCAGAUGUGGAGUCUGAUAUAUCCUCUGUUCGAAAUGAGAUCAAUGUACUGGUCCACACCAAGGGCGAGCUUGAGCAUGAGAUGUCGUCUUUAACCCAGCACAUAGAUGAGAGUUCAGUGUCGCUAUCUGAUACCGAGCGUAAUUGCUCCGAUAUCAGUCAACGCAUCCAGGAGAUUGAAACUGAGUUGAGUGAGGUGUUGCACCGGCAACGGAACCCUGGUGAAAAAAUACAGGAUAUGAUAGAUCGCCUUGAACAUAAGAAGGUGGACGCCUACGCUAGUAUAAAGGAGAUUGACUCACAGCAGUUGGUGCUAUCCAACUCACUCACACGAUGUAACCUUGAUUUAGAACGGGUACAGGCUGAAUUGAGACAGCUUGAUGCCUUGUACAUAUCUAAAUCUGAGACUGUCCAGCAAUGCAGCGAGGAGCUUGAAGUGCUAGUGGAGCAGCGCCGUGUCAAGCAGCAUGAGCUAUCCGUUAAUAACAUGAAGCUAUCUACACUUCGGGUGCAGUACGGUGACGCCGAGAAGAGCUUCAGCAAGGUUGCGCUGUCCCAUAAUAGUACCUUGUCCAUGGUGAAGGACUGGUUGGCAAGUGAUAGUUCCGCUGCGCAUCGCAGUGAUUACGUAGGUUUCCUACUUGACUUAUUGACCAUACCCGAUGCUUUUAGGGUUGCCAUUGAGCAGACCCUUGGCACCAAGUUGUUCACUAUCAUAGUCCGCACAAUGGCUUGUGCAAGGUCACUUAUGAGUUACGUGGAGGGUGCCGGCACUCACUAUGGCAAUAUCCGCAUUGUGCCCCUUGAUAUGUUGGCGGCAACUGGUACUGACCGUGGUAAGGCAUCUGGUAUAGACCUAAAUCGUGAUGAGGCAAUGCCGCUUAUAGAGUGUGUCCGUUAUGAUGACUUGAUCCAACCAGCUUUACGUUCACUGCUGGGUAGUUUCUGCUUGGUUGAAAACGCCGAGGUUGCAGGGCGCAUACUGCCCAUGCAGGUUAAUUGUGUAACCCCCGAUGGCCAGGUGUUCUAUCACCGGGGGUCGGUUUCAGGCGGGUACAUAGAUUUGACUGAGUCGGUAUUAAGCCUGUAUUCCACUAUGAAAUCACGGGACUCGGAGCUACGGAAGCUGUGUGAGUACGUUACAACCCUGACUACUGAGCUUGCGUCAUUAGAUACGCAACAGGCGGCACUCAGCCAGAAGCACAAUGCUGCUAAGGCAGCACGGCAAGAUGUGCAGGCCAAGCUGCGUCAAAUGCAGAUUACCGCCCAGCAUUUGAAGAGUCAGGAGGAGGUUAUCCGCCAGAAGUUGUCUGACAAUACCAAGGAGCGGCUGUUGCAGCAGAUAAAAUCAUGGGACGAGCAGAUUGCGGUAUUCGAGAGGUCCCUGACUCCAUCACCAGCUGAGGUUGCUGCGUUGGCGGAACGCCAGGCUGUUCUAGAAUCUGAUUUAUCUCGUUUACGUGGUGAGAAGCUUGGCUAUGAAGCGAGGUUCCAUGGAUUAAAAGAUAGUAUAUCGGAGCUAUGUAACAAGCGCAAUACCGUAGCCAAGCGGAUAAUCACUACAAUGCAGAUGUUGGAGGAGUAUGAAAACCAUGUGGCAGAAUUAGGUUCGAAGUUAAAGCAACUUCGUCAAAACCGUGAUUCCAUGGACACCGAGCUUGUGGAAUCGUAUCAAGAGCUCGAUAGCAUACGUCAGCGCCGUGAUGAGUUAUGCUCCCGUCUACACCAGCUGGACACCGAGCUUGUCUCGAAGAAGGCUGAUUUAUCUGAUGUUACAUCACGGCUACAUGAAACUACCCAGGCGGUGUCUACUCUAAGGGUAUCGCUGAAGGACUCUGAAGAGGAGCUGUCUAAGGUGGACCCAGCGGUUAUACGCGAGGCGGAGUCGGUGCCUAUCAAGGAUAAGGAGCAUGUCAUAUCUAGGCUCUCUGAGCUCAACAAGCGUUGCGCCAAGUUUGAUUUAUCCAGUCACGGCGCCGAGGAUGAGUACGCUGCACUGCGUGCUGAAUUUACUGGCCUGAAGGACCGUCAAGAGCGCAUGACGCGCUCUCACGCGGCGAUACUAAAGUCUAUACAAGCGCUAAAGAGCCAGAAGGACGCUAACCUGGUCCAGAUGCUAUCGCAGCUGAAUCAAAAGCUUUCCGCAACCUUUGCGGAACUGGUUACCGGCGGUCGUUUACAAGCGGUUCUGAUACGGCGUGAUGCGUCCGUUGGCGACAUUUCGUCAAGCGUGGCUGUUUGCUUGCCCGAAUGCUUUGUGGACAGCCCUGAUGAGGAGACUUUUACCGGCUUGGAUCUACAAGUGUCAUUUAGCCCCGAUGCCGAGCGUAUGCAGCUAUACCAGUUGUCCGGUGGACAAAAGACACUAGUGUCCCUGGCGUUCAUCCUGGCUGCUCAGCGCUUACAUACGGCGCCAUUCUAUCUACUGGAUGAGAUUGACGCUGCCCUGGAUGAUAACUAUCGCCUCAACGUAUCUCAGCUACUAUCACGUCAGUGCAAUGAGGGUUCACAGUGUAUCCUAACUACGUUCCGUCCCGAGCUUUUGCGACCCGGGGAGGUGUUUUACGAGGUAUGCAAUUCGGGUGGUACCAGUACCGCUCGCCGCGUGUCUAUGAGGGAAGCUAUAUCGGUAAUCAACAAGUGCCCCUUGGCCUUGACUAACGGCCGGUCGUAGUUA